GAGGAGGAGGAGGAAGAAGGAGCCGAGAAAAGGAGAAACAAGCUGGUGAGGAGACGCAGGAGGCGGCGAAGGGCCCCCCCAGCAGGAGCAAGAUGAGCCUGAAGUCGGAACGCCGAGGCAUCCACGUGGACCAGUCCGAACUGCUCUGCAAGAAAGGAUGCGGUUACUAUGGCAACCCGGCUUGGCAGGGCUUCUGCUCCAAGUGCUGGAGGGAGGAGUACCAAAAGGCCAGGCAGAAGCAAAUCCAGGAGGACUGGGAGCUGGCUGAGAGGCUUCAGCGUGAGGAGGAGGAGGCCUACGCAAGCACUCAGCACCCUCAAGGGGCUCAGUCGCUCACGUUCACCAAGUUUGAGGAGAAGAAAACCAAUGAGAAAUCACGGAAGGUGACGACAGUGAAGAAAUUCUUUGGGGCGUCAUCUCGACCGGGAGCUAAGAAGGCCGCUCAGGAGUCCAGCGUUAAGUCCGGACAGCUUGGGAAGGAGCUCAGUGCUGAUAACCUUCUCAGGGACUUGAAGGAGAUUUUUACUCCACCCUGGGAACUCUCUUCUCCUGCUGAAGAUGUCCCAGAUGUUAAGGCUCCCAGCCCUUCGAUCAGCCGGCAAGUCAGCAUCGAAACGGACCGGGUGUCCAAGGAGUUCAUUGAGUUUCUGAAGACAUACCAUAAAUCUGGCCAGGAGAUCUACAAGCAGUGCAAACACUUCUUGGAAAACAUGCACCACAAGCGGGACCUGAGUAUUGAGGAGCAGUCUGAAUACGCCCAGGACUUCUACCAGAACGUGGCAGAUAAGUUGCAGAGCCGCUGGAAAGUGUCCCCGGAAAAAGCGGAGAAGGUGAUGGACCAGAUCGAGAAGUACGUCAUGACUCGGCUUUACAAACACGUUUUUUGCCCGGAAACCACGGAGGAUGAGAAGAAGGACCUUGCUAUCCAAAGGAGGAUCAGAGCUUUGCACUGGGUCACUCCUCAGAUGCUCUGUGUUCCUGUCAAUGAAGAAAUCCCCGAAGUCUCCGACAUGGUUGUCAAGGCCAUCACAGACAUCAUCGAGAUGGAUUCCAAGCGUGUCCCCCGGGACAAGCUGACCUGCAUCACCAGUUGCAGCAAACACAUCUUCACUGCCAUUCGAACCACGAAGGACGAGCCGGCUUCGGCCGACGACUUCCUGCCCACCCUCAUCUACAUUGUCCUGAAGGGGAACCCUCCUCGCCUCCAGUCCAACAUCCAGUAUAUCACUCGGUUCUGCAACCCCAGCCGGCUGAUGUCUGGCGAAGAUGGUUACUACUUUACAAACCUGUGCUGUGCCGUCGCCUUCAUAGAGAAGCUGGAUGCCCAGUCCCUCAACCUGAGUGAGGAAGACUUCGACCGCUACAUGUCUGGCCAAGCGUCCCCGAAAAAGCAGGAGCCGGAGAGCUGGCCGGCCGACGUCUGCGUUGGGGUCCAGCAGAUGUACAGGAACCUUGACCUCCUCUCCCAGCUCAACGAGCGGCAGGAGAGGAUUGUGAGCGAGGCCAAAAAACUCGAGCAGGACCUCAUUGACUGGACUGACGGGAUCACCAAGGAGGUCCAGGAGAUCGUGGAGAAGUAUCCCUUGGAAAUCAAGCCCCCCAAUCCGGCCUUGGCUGCCAUUGACUCUGAAAACGUGGAGAAUGACAAGCUGCCUCCCCCAUUGCAGCCCCAGGUUUACGCUGGGUGAUGAGCAGCUUCAGAGCAGCUCAGAGACAUCCCUCCCUCUAUGUCCCCCACCCCGCUUUCUUCUGCUUGGGGAGUGGGCUAAAGAGGGGCAGGAAAAUCAGAGGAAUUUAAAAACCGGCACAUUUUAAAGGUACUGUUUGCUGGCAAGUGUGUCACAUGAUACUUAUUUUAGCCAGAGUUAGCCAGCUACUAUGAGGGCUGUGGGUUUUGUGUGUUCCUCGAACCCAAUUUAACUUCUUCCUUUUUACACAAAUCCGGUAUAAUUUUUAAGAAACACAGGUGGUUUUUUUCUCUGCUCCCCCUGUUCUCCCUUCCAGGUAUGUGUGUGUGUGUGUGUGUGUGUGUGUGUGAUAUUUGGUUUGUUUCUCUCUUUUUUUUAAGUGAAGUUUUUGCUGGUAUUUUUUUCCUGCUUCAAAAAUAAAAAAUGAGGUGGUUAUCAGCACUUUGCAAGGGAUGCCAAGUUGUAGGUAAAAAACAACAACAACUAGAAUGGUACUCUUUUAUUCCUUCUUGGGGAAGGGGAGGAGAAGGAAAUAUGUUGUAAAGUAAAUAUUUAACAAUUGUAAAUAGGUCUGCAACAUUGAGCUUGUGUCUUCACCUGCAUGGCAUCUGGUAAGGAAUGCUAAAUGUUGGUUUUUGUUUCUUUGCCGUCAGUGAGUUAAAUUUACUCCUUACAGGUUCCCCCCUCUCCCCUGGAAUUGUGGGGAGGUGGAAUGGCAGGGAUUUAGAACCUUGUAGUGGGAAACAAUUUGCUUUAUCUUAACUGUAUACCUUGACCAAGGCCAUCUCCUCAAUAUUCACAAUUCCUCGCCCAGUUACUCUGGCCUCCCCUGAUCUGGUGCCCUCCUGAUGUUUUGAACUUUGACUCGCAUCAGGUGUCCUAUGCUGGCUGGGGCUGAUGGGAGCUGUAUUUCAAAUCAUCUGGAGAGGGCGCCUGGGUGGGUGCAAGCUGAAUUUAUACAGAGAAAGAGAGAGAGAGAGCUGAAAAGAACCUUUUCUUCACGUGUUGUCCUUCAGCACAACUGGGUCUCUUUGAAGUCGGAUCAAAAUCGGGCGGGACCCACAUGUUUAUGAGCCAGUUUUCACUGCUCUAAAAGCAAACAGGAUUUGGCCCAUCAUCAGUGCGGGAUUAACCAUGCUCGAAAAGUGUGGCCAGCCUCCCUUUAAAAAAAGAACAACAACCUUGAAAUGUUUUGUCCUUGCUAUUAAAUUCAUCCUAAGCAUCAGUGACUUCUGGUUUUCUUUUGUUUUUUUAAUGCCAAACCUGCAAAUAUCGGAGCAUAGGAAGCUGCCUUAUAUGCUGAGCCAGUCCAUCUAGCUCAGUGUUGUCCACACUGUCUGGCAGCGAUUCUCCAGGGUUUUAGACGGGUCCUUCCUUAUCCCUUUGACCUCAAGGUGCCAGAUUUGAGUCUGCAGGGAAAGCAGACACAAGACUUGCAAUUUCCCACCCCCUUCAAAUGACACAAGGAGAGAAGCUGAGCUUUACAGUGUCUAUGGCUUGAUGCCGCAGUACAGCACUUUUUGGAAUCACCGCUUUUUUGCAUGUUUCCCCCCAGCCCCUGGGUCUUCCAUCUUACUUGUAGAUGUGGAGAUCAUUGACGAACUGUGGAGUAGAUUUCCAAGUAUCUUGGUUUUCGAGCAGCUUCUGGAACCAAGGCCAGACAGGAAGUUGAGAGGAAUCUGCAGGGAGGGAUCAGGAAGAACGUGUGGUUUCUGAUGGUUAAAUGCCUUGGCUCGCAGGGCAGAACGAUACUGAUGAAAUGAAGAGGAGGCAGGUGGAAAAGAGUCUCCAGAAGUGGGGUUUUAUGUAGGAAAGAUAGUGAGCCCAGUUAACCCCAAGACAGGAUUCUUGGGCUCCAAAUUCCUCUAAAAGAAAUAAUUUAAUCAUAGGUUUGGAAGGAAACCUAAGGCUCAUCUGGUCCAGGGUGAAAAAUGAGGCGAUAACAAGGCUUUCAAAGUUUACUAUUUUUUACAACCUAUUAGCAUAGAGGAAGUCAGAGAAGACAGAAAAGAAUAAUAGGAUGAUAAAAUUGUAGAGUUGGAAAGAACCCUGAGGAUCAUCUAGUCCAACCCCCUUCAGUGCAGGAAUCACAGCUAAAGAAUCCCUGACAACCUCCUGUUUUAAAACCCCAAAUGAAGGAGAGUCCACUUUCCAUCCAUGUGGCAGCCGCUCAGUUACCCAGGAUUGUGAGCUCAGUUGAGUUGCAGUACUCAGAAUUCAUUCCAGGGCUCAGGACUAGUUCUUUCUAAGCCUAUGUCUUUUGCACCAGCUGGUGGAUAUUGGGGUUCUCGUAAAAUAACAAAGUAGAUUCCUGCAAGUCUGCCAAAAGAGCGUGAGUACAGCUGUUUCACUGUUCAGGGCCCUUCUCCGUAUUUUUAUUUUUUUUUGCAAUAAGUUCAGACCGAGACUGUGAUCCAUUUGUGUCCUUGCUUCCUUUUAAAAAGCUUCUUUGUGUUCCUUUAUUCUGUGAGCUCUUCUGAGUUUCUCAAAAGGUAAAUAUUUUUAUGGUGUUCGUUCCUUAACCCCAGGUACACAGGUGGAACUGACAAAGCUGACCGCAGAGAACUUGUAUUUUACCACUUCCGUUCUGAGAGCAGGGGUGCAUGUACCUGUGAGUCCCUCCAGCUGUCGCUGAGGAAAUCCCAACUCCCGGCAGUCAGCAGGACUAGUGGUCAGAGGUGCUGAGAGUUGAAGUCCUGCAACAUCUGGAGGGCUACAGAUAUUAUCCACCUCUGCCUUAAGUGGGGGGGCUCCUUUCCCUGCCGUUCCUCUCUUUGUGACACCCUUAGGUGCUAAUUCUGGUUUCCAGGUCCAUACAUUCACUCCUAAACUCUGUAUCAUAGCUGCUGUUACUGAAUUGCUGUCGAAUGAAAUUAAACCUCUUCCACAACAAGG